UUUUCUGAGAGGCGUUGCCGCACUAUAAGCGAGUAGACUUUUAACCUCCGCAGCCAAGCAAUUGUUCAUACAAACGCAUUUGCAGCCGCCUACAGUGAACUUCUUGUCAAUUUAACCGGAACCUUUCAUUAUGGCCAACUACAUUCAUGUACCCGACGAGGCGCCCGCUGUACCCAAAAUAGAUGUCACGUUAGACGAGAACGAUUACAGAUCUGGUGCAUUGAGACUGAUCAAGGAACUGAGACCGUUCUGGAAACCAUCCGAGGUCAAAAUGAAGUUCUUCACAGAUGGAAUCACCAAUAAGUUGCUGGGCUGCUACGUGGGCGGGGUCAUGCAGGAUGUGGUCCUGGUGCGUAUCUAUGGCAACAAGACAGAGCUGUUUGUGGACCGGGAGAACGAGGUGAAGAGUUUCCGGACGCUCCACGCACACCGCUGCGCCCCUCGUCUCUACUGUACCUUCAACAACGGCCUCUGCUAUGAGUUCCUGCAGGGCCAGGCGCUGGAACCCGAACACAUCCGCAGCCUGCCCAGGUCCAGGCUCAUCGCGAGGCAGCUGGCUAAGUACCAUGCCAUCCAUGCUCACAACGGAUGGGUGCCCCAGUCAGACCUGUGGCUGACAAUGGGCAAGUACUUCGCCCUGGUGCCCAAGUUCUUCCAAGACCCAGAGAUGAACAUGAGGUUAAACAGUGAGGUGCCUAGUCGAAGGCGACUGAGGGAAGAGAUGGUGUGGAUGCAGCAGAGUCUGUCUGUGCUGGGCUCUCCUGUAGUCCUCUGCCACAAUGACCUGCUGUGUAAGAACAUAAUCUAUAAUCAGCAAGGAGAAAAUGUCAAGUUCAUUGACUACGAAUACGCUGGGUACAAUUACCAAGCCUAUGACAUUGGGAACCACUUCAAUGAAUUUGCAGGUCUGAAUGAGGUGGACUACAGCCACUACCCAGAGCGGAGUUUGCAGCUGCAGUGGCUGCGCUCCUACUUGGAGGCCUAUAAGGAACACAAAGGUCAAGGGUCAGAGGUCACUGAGACAGAGGUGGAGGUGCUCUACGUACAGGUCAACCGCUUCUCCCUGGCAUCUCAUUUCUUCUGGGGCCUAUGGGCUCUGAUUCAGGCCGAGUUCUCCACCAUUGAUUUUGACUUCCUGGGAUACGCAGUCCUUCGCUUCAGCCAGUAUUUCAAGAUGAAGCCAGAGGUUGGAGCGCUGAACUUUCCAGAAUAAAAGUCCUCCUCCCUAUCUGGUCCUCAUGUCCACCGUAGAGUGCCCUCUAGGGGGUGUCGGGAAAGAAGACCCGGAGAGAGCCUAGUCCACACUUCCUGUGGAUUUAAUUUGGCACUCACUAGAGACUCAUAGAACCCGAUGGGAACUUGUAGAACUAUAUUAGAACUCCUAGAACCCGAUGGGAGCUUAUAGAACUAUAUGAUAACUCAUAGAACCCUUUGAGAACUCAUAGCUGUUAGUAACCAUGACUCACCAUCCAUUGACACUCCACAGGGCCAAUUCCAUAGCAUCACUGCUACAGACAGAUCCCUACCUAGCUCGCUAUAGAAGCCUAGAACCAUGCACUUCUUCAUAAAGACUAAAGUCUUUAAGACCCAGCCCUCCAAAAUGUCAAAAUAUGCAAGGGGACAAAAGAGCACUAUCGUGGCCUUUUUUUGUUGUUUAAGAUCAACCAAAUGAAAACGGCGUCACGUAAAAUAUGGUGAAUUCAGUGUGACAUUCCAGUAGCAUCUCUCACCCCAGUCUGUGCCCGUCCACAGGGGUAACUCACAAGAGGGGAGAUCUGGACCAACUCUGUAACUUGUCUCCUGUGUUGUGCUGCUGACUGACUGGGAAUGUUAGGGUGUGUGGGCUCACUCCGAGCCAUUCCUAUUGAAUAUAUACAUCUCUUGUCUGGGCUCGCUGGUCCACUGAUUAUUUAGUCAUCGGUAUAGCUGUUGGUUUAAUGGUAGGUUAUGUAGUACGUUACCAAUAUGUGUUGGUGCACUUGGUAUAGUCACCAAUAUAUAUAUUUGUCGGUUAAAUGGUUAGACUCACUUACGUACUGUCUCCUAGGUAACAAACAGGAGUGCAUCCAUCUUGUUUACAUUCUGUUCCCCUGACUGAAACGACGUCCACUUCCUUACCGUAACUAGGCUGUAGUUUGAUUCAUGGGAAAUGUGUCAUGAUGACGGCCAGGAAUAUUUCCUGACCAUUUCCUGGUGAAACUCUGACCAGGAGAAACUCGGGGCCUUCUGGUCUGGAAACCCUCCAAGCCCAAGUCAUGACUGUUAUGUUCACUGUAUUAUAAGUAAUUUAGAUUCACUUUCUGUUUUAGUCCAGUUAGUCCAGGAGUAUAGGCUUAAGCUGGUAUACCCAUCCACAUCACUCCGGCCAACUGAAGUUUCUUCUCCACAAUGAGUCUGGAUUUGCCUCCCUCCCUGAUGAUUUCUAGAAUGUGAACACAUUCUGAGCGUUCUGAUUGGUCCCAGAGUCGGGCCUACAUGGAUGACAUUAUCAACUUCGAUACUCUGGUUAGAUUCUGUUAGACCAACCAAUCGCUGUUGAAUUUGUUUUGUACAAUGCCCCUCGUUUUGAAGUCACACAAACAACUUCUAGGAGGGCAGUUUCAGACCAUGUAUGUAGGUAUCGAUAGAGCAGCGGAAUUAAAUUCAGGGUGAGUCGUCUGAGAGGGUUUAGUGCAACUCUCUGUGAGACAACUGAGAAGACCUAUGAUUGGAGGACCAAUGGCUUUGGUAGGGAGUGUCUUUGAAAGAUGCAUCUUUAACUGAAAGAUUCUAACAGUAUAGUAGUUCACGUCUUCAUCUGUUUAUAAUGUAUGUGCUGCUUGGCCCUAGAAGUUCUUUACGACAAAAAGUUCCAUCUAAUAGUUAAAAACCAACCUACACCAAAGUGCUGGUCUUUUUUGCUUGUACAUAAUUGCACAUUGUAUUUUUCCAUUUAGAAAUAAUACUAUUGAUAAUGUACAAUAUUUACUUUUUAAAGUGCAGUUUUAUACCUAUUUAAGUGAUCAUCUGUUUUCUGACUGGGAGGUCUUGGAGUAUGUUAGGAGUGUGUUAAAACAGAUUCAACGUUGGUCAGGUCUGUGCUGUCACUGCACAGACGCCGGGAUGAAGAGACCUCUUGAUAGGCUGCUGAAAUAGCACCCUAUUCCCUACAACGUGCACUACUUUUUGACAUGGGGCGCUGGUCAACAGUGGUGCAGUGUAUAGGGGGCUAUUUCGAAUGAAGACAAGACUGUAUUUUCCAUUCAUACUCGGCACUUCCAUGCCAACGGUAUCAGUCUGCAGACCUGCAGCCGUGGUCCUAUGGGGUUGCUAGCACCUGUGAGAACCGCAUUUCAAGGCACCUUUUCAGGGAGCGGCUGCGAGUCUAUAGACCGACGCCGCCCUAUACUCUACGCUCCUGACCUGUGCAGCCCUCUCUACAUGUUGAGUGAACCCCGUCGACUAUAGCGAAGGAACCACCAACUGGGAAGUCAGCCAGGCGUUACGGUAUAUGCCGGUCUUAACUCUGUGUUCGCUUGUUGUUUUGAGCAUGCCUUUUUAUUUUGAUGUGGCUUUGUUUUAAUGAUAAUCAACAUGUCUGUUUUCUGGGUUUAUGUCUGCAGUGUCUGAGAUGGUAGGUGUAUGUUCCCUGGAGGACGGGUCAGAAAUCGAUUGUUCAGAUCCUAACUUGAGAGAUGUGCGUUUUUAAGUUACUCCGCUUUUGUGAAAGUUCUCUACUGACAUCUGUGCAUGGAUUUAUGAAAAGGUUUGUUUUUACACUUGACUCAAGUUAGGGUUGCGUUUGUGUGUUGUCCUUAUCUGCAGACCUUGCCAUGUUUUUAACCACACAGGGUGCACAAAUAGUGCGGAAAUAUACUGUCAAAUUGUACAGCUGUAGCUUACACACGUGCGCUAUAAUGUUACACUUCAUAACGCAAGUUUCCCUGUUGAGUUUCAUUCUGAAAUGAACAAGACUACUAAAAAAAAAACAAUUUCUAAAAAAACAAUACUUUCAGCUUACUCAAUACUGGUCUGCUUCUUUAAAGUUUGUAUAAAUGCUCCACUCUUAUUUCUUCUCUGGCAUUUGUAGCAUAUGUGUAUAUGUACAUUUCAAAUGUAAUAUCUCUGCUUGAACUGUCAAAUGUGAAUGACUGUACAUAGUUUGUUUUUUUCUAAACAUUGCUCUUAACAUCAAGUAGUCUUUUGUUUAACUGUGAAAUAAUCUUAACUUUUGAAUACUGUACACAAGUGCUGUGAAAGGAGAUUAAAGUCUAUUAGCCGGU